AUGGAUCUAAAAUCAAUUAAUGAAAGCUGUGCCGGCUGGGGUAGACAGGUUGAUGAGGUAUCAUCCGAUCAAGUGAGUAAAUUAAUGGACCAUAGCAGAUGUAUACUUAUAAAUAUUUUCGAACAGAAAAAAAACCUUACCGUCGACCAUUCUUGGAAUGUAGAACCUGCGGUGGGUACCUAUUUCACAGAUCAAGAAAAAUACCCUGCCGUCGACCAUUCUUGGGAUGUAGAACCUGCGGUGGGUACCUAUAUUCCAGAUCAAGUAAGUAAAUUAGUGGCCAAUAGUAGAUGUAUACUUAUAAACAUUUUCAAACAGAAAAAAGACCCUAACGUCGACCAUUCUUGGGAUCUAGAACCUGCGGUGGGUUCCUAUUUCACAGAUCAAAGAAAAAAUACCGUCGACCAUUCUUGGAAUGAAGAACCUGCGGUUGGUUCCUAUAAUCCAGAAGCGUAUGUAUUAUCGAACCGGAUAAUCCGCUGUGCUCCGCCGAAAAUGAGUAAGACGGCAAAAAAAAAUAAAUUUAGGGAACAAGAAUGAAAAAGACACAUGGCAUUUUUGCG